AUGGAUUUCAGUCAUGAGAGUCCUAAACCUGUAGUGAGUGUUAAGCCUGACACACAGCUGUUCAGAGGAGAAACUGUUACUUUGAGAUGUGACAUACAGAAUACAGGAGACACUGAGUGGACAUACAGCUGGACUGUAAAGAAGACAAAUAACAGAAAUAUAAUCACACAAUGCAACACACAAGAGUGUAAAAUCAACAACAUUCAACCAUAUAACAGUGGUAAAUACACCUGUAGAGGAAAGAUACGUGAACAAAACACUGAGAUGAGUGAUGCUGUUACACUGACUGUAUCAUCAGAUAAACCCAAGCCAGUUUUAAGUGUUUCUCCAGACCGGUGGUUGACUGAAGAAGAUUCAGUGACUCUGAGGUGUGAAGUUAUAAAUUCAUCUACAGGCUGGACAUUCAGGUGGUUCACUCUACAGAGUCCCUCCACAGAUGGUUAUCAGCUCCUGUCAGACAGCAUUCGAGGAUCUAAAGGCAACUACACUGUGAGGUCAGUGACUGUGAAGCACACAGGAGUUUAUAAGUGCAGAGCAAAGAGAGGAGUUCCAGUCUAUCACACAGAGUACAGUAACACACAAACACUGUGGAUCACUGAAAGACCAGCACUUCAAGUGUCUGUUUGGCCUGAUGAUCAUGUAUACAGAGGAGAAACUGUCAAUCUCACAUGUGUCAUCAAUGGAGGAGGAGUCAGCAGCUGGGAGUACAGCUGGCAUAAAGAUUCAAUCAUCCAGCAGAAUAAACUUCAGUAUUACACAAUCAGAUCUGUUACUGAGUCUGACGCAGGUAAAUACACCUGUAGAGGGAAUGAGACCAGUGGAUCACGAUACUCACACAUCAGUAAUGCAGUUACACUGACAGUAUCAGCUUUACCCAAAAUUACAGUGAGAGUAACACCAGACAGAUCUGUGUUCACUGGAGAGACAGUCACUCUGAAGUGUGAGAUAGAGGAUCAGUCCAGAUCAUUAAACUGGAGAUAUCUGUGGUAUAAAAACACAACUAAAGUGUUUAAUUCUGGGCGUUACACUUUAAACAGCGACUCUCUCACUAUCAAUAGAGUUACUGAAUCUGAUCAGGAUGAGUUCAGCUGUAGUACAGGGAUACACGGACGACCACAAACUUUACAAUCAAGCUCCGCUGCUAACCUAACUGUGAAGGGAUCAAAACCUAAACUCACAUCAAAUACUGAAGGAUCUGUACUGACAGGUAACACAGUGACUCUGAAGUGUCACAUUGAUCAUUGGUCUACUGGAUGGAAGUUUUACUGGUACAACAACACACAAAACACUGAGAAGACGACAACAGCAACAAACUCUUACACAAUCCACAGUGUUAACGUUUCAGAUGGAGGUCAGUACUGGUGUAGAGCUGGAAGAGGAAACACAGACUAUUACACAGACUACAGUGAUGGACUGUGGAUAAAUGUUACAGAGAGUCCUAAACCUGUAGUGAGUGUUGAUCCUGACAAACAGCUGUUCAGAGGAGAAACUGUUACUCUGAGAUGUGACAUACAGGAUACAGGAGACACUGAGUGGACAUACAGCUGGACUGUAAAGAAGACAAAUAACAGAAAUAUAAUCACACAAUGCAACACACAAGAGUGUAAAAUCAACAACAUUCAACAGACUGACAGUGGUAAAUACACCUGUAGAGGAAAGAUACGUAAACAAAACACUGAGAUGAGUGAUGCUGUUACACUGACUGUAUCAUCAGAAAGACCGACACCUCAAUUGUCUGUUUGGCCUGAUGAUCAUGUAUUCAGAGGAGAAACUGUCACUCUUACAUGUGUCAUCAAUGGAGGAAGAUGCAGGAGGUGGCAGUACAGAUGGUAUAAAGAUUCAGACAUCCAGCGAAAUAAACUUCAGCAUUACACAAUCAGAUCUGUUAGUGAGUCUGACGCAGGUAAAUACACCUGUAGAGGAACAAAGACCAGAGGAUCACGAUACUCACGCAUCAGUAAUGCAGUUACACUGACAGUAUCAGGAUCAAAACCAAAACCUGAUCUCACAUCAGAUACUGAAGGAUCUGUACUGACAGGUAACACAGUGACUCUGAAGUGUUACAUUGAUCAUUGGUCUACUGGAUGGAAGUUUUACUGGUACAAAAACACACAAAACACUGAGAAGAUGACAACAGAAACAAACUCUUACACAAUCAACAGUGUUAAAGAUUCAGAUGGAGGUCAGUACUGGUGUAGAGCUGGAAGAGGAAACCCAGACUAUUACACAGACUACAGUGAUGGACUGUGGAUAAAUGUAACAGAGAGUCCAAAACCUGUAGUGAGUGUUAAUCCUGACAAACAGCUGUUCAGAGGAGAAACUGUUACUCUGAGAUGUGACAUACAGGAUACAGGAGACACUGAGUGGACAUACAUCUGGACUGUAGAGAAGAGAAAUAACAGAAAUAUAAUCACACAAUGCAAGACACAAGAGUGUAAAAUCAACAACAUUCAACAGACUGACAGUGGUAAAUACACCUGUAGAGGAAAGAUACGUGAACAAAACACUGAGAUGAGUGAUGCUGUUACACUGACUGUAUCAUCAGAUAAACCCAAGCCAGUUUUAAGCGUUUCUCCAGACCGGUGGUUGACUCCAGGAGAAUCAGUGACUCUGAUGUGUGAGGUUAUAAAUUCAUCUACAGGCUGGACAUUCAGCUGGUUCACUGAACAGAAGAAAGUUGACUAUCAGCUUGUGUCAGACAGCAUUCGAGGAUCUAAAGGCAACUAUACUCUGAGUUCAGUUACUGUGAAGCACAACGGAGUUUAUGCUUGCAGAGCAGAGAGAGGAGAUCCAGUCUAUCACACAGAGUUCAGCAACACAAAGCCACUGUGGAUCACUGGUGUUUCUCCUUCAGUCUCUCUGAUCAUCAGACCCCACAGAUCUCAACACUUCUCAUCUGAAUCUCUCUCUCUGAGCUGUGAGGAUCACAGUAACUCUGCUAGAUGGACAGUGAGAAGAUACACAAACACAUUGGGAACUUGUUCAUCAUCAAUCUUUGGAUCAGAACCAGGAUCUACAUGUGCAAUCAGUUCUCUCUACACAUCUGAUACUGGAGUGUACUGGUGUCAGUCUGAAUCUGGAGAGAAACUUCAUCAUGUUAAUAUCUCAGUUCAUGAUGUUGAUGUGAUUCUGGACAGUCCUGUUCAUUCUGUGACUGAAGGAGAUAAUCUGACUCUGUGCUGUUUAUAUCGAGAUAAAAAACCCUCUAAACUGAGAGCUGAAUUUUAUAAAGAUGGAUCAUUGGUGCAGAAUCAGACUACAGGAGACAUGAUGAUCAUCCCUACAGUCUCAAAGUCACAUGAGGGUUUCUACUACUGUAAACACCCAGAGAGAGGAGAGUCUCCAAAGAGCUGGAUCUCAGUCAGAGGAGGGGCUCAGGAGAUAUUUGAUCGCAGCAUACUGAUCAUUUGUCUGCUGGCAGUUUGCUUAUUUCCUUAG